AUCGCCGGCCUUCCGCCUCCUCCAGCCCUCGGGCGUCGCCCUCCUCCCACUCUCCCAGCCGGCACUGUGCACCCUGCUUCCCCCUUCUGGGCUGCCCAAGCCGAAGGCUGGGCGCUCGGUCCCAGGAGGAGGUCGGCCUCGGCCUCUAGGUUUCGGAGCACUGCUCUCACUGUCUUUCCCAGGCCGUGUCGCGCGGGCCAGCAUUCUACCAGGACUUCUUUACUGUUGUUUUCACUUGCCAGGGCCAGACGCCGGAGGAUUGUUUAGAAUAGCGGCCGCAAUGUGGAGGUGACCGUCAGCGUCAGGAUCUGGAACCAGUGAGCUCGCAGGGGCUCGGGCCAGGUGGACGUCAGCCAGCCGGCAGGGUGGCCCGGAGCUCGGCAUGGAAGCGGAAGGCUUGGGUUGGCUUCUGGUCCCGCUGCACCAGCUGGUUUCCUGGGGGGCUUCUGGGGCCAUAGUCUUUGGAGGGGUGGUGCCGUACAUCCCGCAGUACAGGGAUAUCCGGAGGACUCAGAAUGCAGACGGUUUCUCCACUCACGUGUGUCUGGUGCUACUGGUGGCCAAUAUUUUACGGAUCCUCUUCUGGUUUGGAAGGCACUUUGAGUCACCCCUCCUUUGGCAGAGCAUUAUUAUGAUCCUGACCAUGUUACUGAUGCUGAAACUUUGUACUGAGGUCCGCGUGGCAAAUGAGCUGAACGUAAAACGCCGCUCCUUUGCAGCUGCAGACAGUAAGGAUGAAGAACUCAAAGUCCCCCCAAGGCGGUCCUAUGUGGACUUCGAUCUGCACCACUUCUGGUACUGGAGCAGCUUCACAGACUAUGUGCAGUGUGUCCUGGCCUUCACUGGUGUAGCGGGCUACAUCACCUACCUGUCCAUCGACUCGGCCGUGUUUGUGGAGACGCUGGGCUUUCUGGCUGUGCUGACUGAGGCCAUGUUGGGUGUGCCGCAGCUGUACCGCAACCACCGCCACCACUCCACAGAGGGCAUGAGCCUCAAGAUGGUGCUCAUGUGGACAAGCGGUGACACCUUCAAGACAGCCUACUUUCUGCUCAAUGGCGCACCCAUGCAGUUCUCAGUCUGUGGCCUGUUGCAGGUGCUGGUGGACCUGGCCAUCCUGGGACAGGCCUAUGCCUUUGCCCACCAUCCCCAGAAGCCAGUGCCCCAUGCAGCGCAUCCUGCCAGUGCCAAGGCCCUUUGAAGCAUUCAGGGAGAACAAGGACAUGUGACUGCCAGCCUUCGGCACCAACUAGUGCCUAUGCUCCUUGUGUUAGGGAGGGGUCCUGUGGUCCAUGCAGAAUGGCCAUGUCGGCAGAGACAGUCUGGGUGCGGGUUCUCCAUCAGCCUCUGGAUGGGGCACUCAGGGCAGGCGACCUAGGG